UUAUGCACGUAAAUACUUAAAUACCAUCAACGUGGCAACACUAUAUUUACUUUUGUCAAUAAAACAAAUGGAAAAAUCGGUGGCAAGUGAAUUUUGGCCAGCGCGCAUUGUAAACGCAUAUUUAAUAGUUUACUGUGUUGUUGAAAUAGCUGUAAAUGCACUUUGAACGCAGCAUGUAAGGUUGAGGCAAAAAGUAUUGCUAUUACACAUACACACACACAUACGGUAACAUAUGAAUUCGAGUGCCAGGCACCGGGACACAGUGCGAGUAUAAGUCAAAUAGACUUUUAACAACUAUAGUUGCACUAAAAGCUUCAAAAUUAUUCGUCCAACUGCACGUACGCACCAAACACGCCAGACGGAGCGUGAAUGUAAGCCUGCCAAAACUGUUCAUACACACAAAAUGCGGCGUAUGAAUAACUUAAUAACACUUUUUACCGCAAUGGUAGCUUUUUUCUUUGGCUGCUUUUUGAGUAAUAUGUUGAAUAAAGCCGAAAAGUGUGUGACCCACAAAAGCGGUGUUAGUAGAAUGGAUCCACAUCCGGAUAUUUUCCUUAUGAUAUUAGUUACAACAGCGCCACAAAAUGUUAAUCGUCGCUUAACUAUGCGUCAAACCUGGUUGCGACUCGGGCAGCCAUUGGAAAUGACAUACUACCCUGAAAAUUUAAUAUAUCUGCCAAAAUACGACGAGAGUGGUCAUUUGCAAAUGGAAAGCGUGACUGAUCAAUCGAAUCGUUUGGCGGCGUAUCUGCAUUGGCACGACAAUAAUUUGAAUAAUCCAGAAACAACGCGUAGAUUCAUUAAAGUAAAACAUGUCUUUGCUGUUGGUACGGCGGAUAUGCCUGCUGGCUUACGUGCAGAAUUGGAUCGCGAACAGAAACUUUAUGGUGAUAUGUUGCUUUUGCCGCGCUUGAAGGAUAACUUUGAAAAUUUAACGGAAAAGAUGUUGCAUUCGAUAGAAGCGCUCACACAUCACUACGAAUACAGUUAUCUACUUAAAACUGACGACGAUACAUAUGUAAAGUUAGACAUUUUGCUUAAUGAACUGAUAUCGUAUGAUCGUAAAUUGGUACGUAAAACUCAAGAAUAUAAUGGACAACCUUUGCCGGCGCUCUAUUGGGGCUACUUCCUCGGCAGAGCCAAUGUAAAGACAAAGGGGAAGUGGCGUGAUUUAAAUUACCAUCUAUCAACGCAUUACAUAACAUAUGCCCUAGGUGGGGGUUAUUUAAUUUCACGUAAAAUUUGUGAGCAUAUUUCUGAAAAUGCACAAUCACUUUCUGCCUAUACUAAUGAGGAUAUUUCUAUGGGUUUAUGGGUGGCACCUUUUCGAUAUGUGUAUCGACGACAUGAUCCACGUUUCGACACACAAUAUAAACCACGUAAAUGUCGACGUUAUCAUAUAGUAUUACAUAAACUUAAUGAAGAGGAAAUGCAGCAAAUUGAUGAUGGCAGCGUUUGUAUAAGAGGCGACAAAGAGGAGGAAAAAGAAGAUGAACAAAGCAAAACUUUAAGGCCAUAUUUUUAUGAUUGGACAAAAUCGGCUGACAAAUGCUGUGAUACAUACGUAAAAUAAAAACUUUGCACAAUAUUCAGCAUACAAAAGCAGCGAUAAUUAUGUAGCACAUGUAUAUAAGCAGAUAUGAGCAUAAACGGCGCAGUAGAUAGUAGUUAAAAAAUUCGUGUCUCUAGUGAAUACUUAAUAAAAAAAUCUAUACCAAAUAUAAAUAUAAAUAAAAUAAGCUUAACUGAGUAAACUGGUGUUUUUUAUAAAAAAAAAAAUAUUCACAGUUUUUUAAAUCGAGAUUUAAAUCUUAAUCAAUUAUAUACGUUGCAAAAUGAAAAAAAUAUUUUGGUGUAGCACUUACCGAUGGUCUACGAGCCAUUUAACUCUAUCAUCUGUUUCGUAUAGACCAGCAACGACUAUAUCCUUUGGUGCAACUAUGAAGUAGCGAUUUUCUUCUAUAAUACAACCCAAACUAUAAUCAUUGACAGUAUAUUCUUGAUAGCUGAAAUGAACAAAAAUUUACAAAUUAAUUUUGGCAUAUGCAAUUUUUUGGUUGCAAUGAAUAUACAAAUGCUCACCCGCGCAAUGAGAGACUAUCGGUGCAAAUUUCCUCACUGCUAUUUAACUUAUAUUCCAUAACACACAGUACUGGCCUUAACGACUUUCGUUCGGCAUCUUUCUCUUUUGGACAACCCAGCACAACCAAUUGAUUGGAGGUGAGUGGCGCUAGGCCCGAAAUGUAAAAUGUGGUUUGAAAUGUUGAUACUGCAAGCAGAAGUAUAUAUUUUUUUUCCAUGAAAUUUUUCAAAAAAAAAAAAUCAUUUACUUGGAUCAACUAUAAAGCCUGGCAAGUCUCUGGAAGCUACUUCUAUUGAAUUUCGCUUACGUAUAACACAAAUGCGUAUUGUAUCGACCCAACCUAUCAGCAAUGUUGUAGCAUUUGACCAACGAAAAUUGCAGCGGAAAUUCUCUAAGCGUGCACUAAAACCAAUUAUAGCAUAUUAAAAAACAUACAAAGGAAUAUUGAAAAAACAUACUUGACUGGCUCCUCCCAUUUCAUGAGACCAAGCGAACACUUUUCAUUUAAAUCAUAGACACGCACUCCAAGAUAGCUUGCCCAAGCAACAAAGGAACCAUUCCAGCAAACGGAUAAUACAUAACCCUCAGCACUAGAUAACACUGUUGUUUUUAAUUUUUUAAGAAAAUUUCUUUCAUAUAAUGUGAGUUUGUCGUCACCUAGAGCAUAUAAAAAAAAAAUUUUUCUUUAUGUGCAAUUCAUUUCGCAAUCUUCAAUGUCAAUUCUGCUUACCGACGACAAAUCUUUUACCGGCUACUGCUUUGGUAUCUGGAUCGAGUGCUACCGCUUUUAUCGAUUUCCCAAAGUUCAAAUUUUGAUUGUUUUCGUCGCUAAAUAAACCAGUAAUAUUUACCUGUAAUAUUGAAAAAAUGUUUUUUUUUUUUUUUGCAAACAAAUUCAAACUUGUUUUAAACAACCUUUCCAUCAUCAGAGCAAGUGGCCACAUAUUCUGCUUUUGCGUCUACAUCAAUAUGAUUGACGGCAACCGUAUGAGAAAAAUCAUUUGGUCCAUCUGAGAGGUGUGAUGUCACAGAAUUGCCUUGAUGAUCGAACAGAUAGACACGCCCCAAAAAUGUGCCAAAUA